AUGACAAGAUUAGACCGUAUUCAUCGCCACCUAGCGAGAACCAAGGAUAUGCGAGAACCCGAUGAGCUCACCUGGCGGGAGGAUAGGCUGAUCCCUAUCCUAGACACGAGCAAUAUUCAUAACCGGAGACAGCUAAAUGACUUAUUGAAACGUUAUGUUCCUACCAUGAAAGCGGUUAAGAAGCUGCCUGCCAAUACCGCUUUCGUCGCCUUGGAAGUCAAACCCAAGUUUGUGAUUGGGGGGCUCUUUGACGUUGACCUGGCACUUUUAACGAAACUCGAGGAGCAUACCUGUAGCAAGCACGAGGAAAUGCUAUCUCUCGCAGACUUCAUAACGGAACGCCAGGUUAAGGUCAUGUCGUUGAGGAUCAACAUGAUAGGCCGAGAGGAGGUAGUCAAACCUAGGGCGACGACCACAAUAGUCAAUGCUAUGAGGCAACUGUGCAAAGAAGUCCUAGGUCAAAAUAUCGCGCUUAUCGGCUUUUCUCUUCCAAAAGAUAUCGAGCGCAUAGGCUUGAACUUUGCGGAUAUCAACAACAUGUUCCCCUAUUGGAUAGACCUUUCAAGGAUGAUCGCAGCAGUUUCUCCAACCUUAGCAUACCAUCAAAUUAAGAUGGGAACCAUCCUUUAUACCUUUGGUUACAACUCUAUCGGUACAAUAUGGUUUGUAGGAACUCCCAUAGUCGUCAACGAAGCGGUUAAAGCAUUAGCCGUGCUAGAAGGGUUGCAAUGUCGAGAGGGCGUAAACAAGCUCAUACUGGGAGAGCGAAAAUUCCCAGGUAUAGAGAUUGAAGCCCAGGUCGAGGCCUUCAGAUUCAUGCCGUACAAGGCGUUGAUCCAUAACCAGGGUUCACGUCUACCUCCUAGCAUCGAUUCUGCCCAGAAGUUGGCUUUCGUAACAGAAGACUAUCGACCCAUUGGAGUUGCCGCCGACAUAUGCGAUGUACGGUUUGAAGGGUUUAAACCGUGCUGUCCCGGUAUACGCGAGACGCACAUGACUCGAGGGUGCGUCUGUUUUAAAGACAAGAAAGCACUAGAUGAGUUUAUAAACGACGUUGAUGGUAGCGUCAUAGACGGAGUGACGAUCAAGGUUGAGAACAUCCCUUAUCAAACGUUCUGGAAGUAUUUAAAGGAUGCUAUCAAGGCGAAGGGCACUUAUAUAUAUGAUCGGCUAGAGAUUGCUGCAAUGAUGGCCAAAGGGAAUAUACCGCGAUGGUAUGAUGCAUUAUUCUCGCCAGCCGAUAACAGGUUCCCAUGGUGUCCUAAUCCGGAGGACGCACCUCCUGGCUACUAUGAUACCGAUGAUGAUAGCAUAACUUAUACCAGUCGAUUACGGGGCUAA